AUGACCCGACCGCGGGGCCUCGAGACUUCGAACCCUGUGACUCCGCGACCAAGGACUAAUAAUACCAUUCACCUUGAGCAACUGCCGCCCCCGUCGUUGGCCGAGGUCGAGAUGUACAGGAAGAAACCGUUGCCUCCACUGCCACUACCGCUACCACCACGCCCACCUCCACCACCACUGCCACGAGAGCUACCACUUAGGCGGUAUUCCGCCCUGUCCACUGUCAGUUUCUCCGCAAGUCUCUCGGCCUUCAAGAAAGAUAUCGACGCUGCCUUUGCCACGCCGGUACCACUGAUCGGCCCCGAGGAGUACAUCACUUGCAUAUUUCUCGCCGAGGACAUUCUGUCGGACCGAUCGCCCGGAGCCGCCAAUAUAGCAGGCUCUAAGACGGAUCAACAGCGAGAGACUCCGAAUGUGAAUACGGCGGAUGUUUUGGGGACCGUGCCUACUAUACUCGACUCGCCUCGACCACAGCUAAAAUCGUCAAUAUCGAAGAUCCGGCGAAUGGUGGGAAUCACCCCUCCAGUUAUCACUGAGAAAACCCUUUCAGCAAACGCCGGGUGUGAAGGCGAGGAUCAAGGGUCCACCGGUUUUAGCCCCCUCGAAGCCGACCAGCGAGAGAAUCGAGCUUGGGGUGAAUGUGGUAAACAACGUCUAACUGGAGAUGUAUCGCCCCUGAGUAGCUGUGGAAAUGAUGGCAUUUCACCUUCCGGGAUCCAGUCUCCUGUUUCCGAGACGGACGGUGGUCCGGAGCAAGGGCAGCAACUGGAUAGCCAUGGAGUUGACGAUUCACUCGAUAUGGGGACGGUCAGCGCUCCAGACCCUCUCCGUAUCGUCAAGCGGCCUCUGCGUCCCAGGCACAUUGCUGAGUGCACUCCUAAAACAAACCCGUUGGGGUUGAGCUCAUACGGUGUGCGCCGCACUCAACCAUCCCGUUCUCAAGUUCAAAGUGCAGAACUUAACCUCGGAGCCCAUACGACCAAGAAGGAAUGCGCCUCGGGACUUUACCAUGAGACAACGCAGCAGAUAGCGCGGGGUCUUUCACCUAGAGCAACCCCGACUCAAGGAAUCGACGGAAUGGGGCCAGUGGCGGCUCCGCAACAACCGCUCGACGGCCGCGAUAACAUGAAGGAUGGCCAAAUUUGUCAGUCGUCACUUCAACAUUUCCCCGGCUGGCACCUGGGACACUCCCAACCGACACCCCCCUCUAAUGGUUCAGAAGGGGUUACCCAAACAUGGCGACCCUCCCAAGCCACUAAUUCCGCGACCGAGCGCUCUGUCCACAACAAACACUGGGCCACAAUCUUCCCCUCUCCCGACGAACCCCUUAAGAGCUAUUUCUCCGAUAGCGAUUCUGACGACGGCGAGACUCCCAUGGUAGCCAAGUCCACCCAUGUCUCUCAUACCUCUCACACCCCCCAUAUCCCCUUGAACCUACGACACAAACGUCAUAGGAAGAGUAUCAAGCCCCGCAGGAGCCCUCGACGAUUUCACUACCAUCAUGACACCUGGAUGCCCAAAUUCUGUCGUUCCCCGGCAGCUGUCCCGACUCCUCCACCCACACCACCGCUCCCACCCCCUCUCGACCUGACGGACUUGUUUACACAAACCUCCAUUCCCCAUCAAGCACUCAGCCACGACCCCGGACCGAACGACAACCAUGACCCCGCGCUCACCCCGUCGUUUCUCAGUCCAAGACCAACACCACAACCAACACCAGCCGCAACGCCCAACCACAGCCUAAGCCGAACCCCCCCUUCCCCUCCAACACCGCCACAGUCGCUGUUAUCACCACCAGCACCUUCAACAGCGGAAACCCCCCCUCAGCCUUCUUCAUUUUCACCGUCCCCGCCACCGCCGCCUACAAAACGUCUCCUCAAAUCCAAAUCCUCCCUCUCCUCCCUCGCGUCCAGCUUCCUCCACCAGCGCACCCACACCCCGGAACACGCCCAUCACACCGCCGACAACCAUGCAAGACCGCGGACCCCAAUGGCACAUCUCAAACAGCAGAUUGGACAACUUGCGCCGCGGUUUGUGCCAGCGCCGAUUCGACAUCUGGGGUGCAUUGGGUUGGGCAGAUUGGGUUUGGAGAGUGGGGGGGAAGGGUAUGAGAGUAGAGGCAGAGGUGAUGGGGAGGGUAUGGGUGAGGGUGGAAGGGAGGGUCGAGGUCGUUUGGAGGGUAAAGAAGAGGAGGAUAGGAGGGCGAAGUUGAAGGGGAGGAUUAGGGUGUUGAAGGAGGGGAGCGAGGACAAUAAGCGGGUUGACCGUGUGGGGGACGAGAAGAAGAAGAGUGGUGGCAGGGCGACGAAGGUGGUGGGGUUUGGGGAAUGUGAGGUCGUUGCGGAGGAUGAUAUUGGAGGUGGUGACAGUAAUGAUGAUGAUGUCGGUGGUCGGUCACGAAGGCGGGUGAGGGUUGUAUCGCCACCGGCUGCUUGGAGCGCGGUUGUUCAGUCAUCGCCAUUUUCAGCGGCAGAGGAAACUCCCAAGCCACGGGCCGGAAGGGAAUCCCCGCGGAAUACCAACAAAUAUACACCGCCGAGCUCAGGAAAUGGGAGCCCCGAGCCUACCCACGGGGUAACUCCGAGUGCGGUAGGGAAAAGGAGCCCUGGGAGAGGGGUCCGCAGCGGAAGCCAGUCCCGGGCUCGAGCACCGUCGAGUUCGCCUCUCCGUCGUGGGGUUAGUCCGCUCGCAAGUCCUGCGCUUCAACAGGCGCGGUGUACGCAUCAGAGCCCGCUUGGAAGUGUUUGA